GAAAUUAUUGAUGUUUCAGAGGUACCUUGGACAGACAUGAGUUUGUGAGCCUCCUCUGAGCCGUGGACUUAGGCCUGUGCAGGGACAUGAAGCCUUUCGGGAAGGCUUUCAAGUGGAAGAGCUAGUAGACUGCUUUGAAGUUGGUACAAACUUCUGUGACGAAAAGAACCUGGAAGACCUGUGACAGGGAGCAACUGUUUUCAGACUCUUGCAUUAAAUCUCAACAGUGCUUUUCUGCCAUCUGCUGCAGAGCAGGAGAUUACAAGACAUGUCCAUAGCACUCAAACAAGUCUUUAAUAAGGAUAAGACUUUCCGUCCAAAACGCAAGUUUGAACCUGGAACCCAGAGGUUUGAGCUUCAUAAACGAGCACAAGCCUCUCUGAACUCAGGUGUGGACUUGAAAGCAGCUGUGCAGUUGCCCAGCGGAGAAGACCAAAAUGACUGGGUAGCUGUCCACGUUGUUGACUUCUUCAACAGGAUCAACCUCAUUUAUGGAACUAUCUGUGAGUUCUGCACAGAGAGGACCUGCCCCGUGAUGUCUGGAGGGCCUAAGUAUGAGUACCGGUGGCAGGACGACAUGAAGUACAAGAAGCCUACAGCAUUGCCAGCACCCCAGUACAUGAAUCUUCUCAUGGACUGGAUUGAGGUGCAAAUUAACAAUGAGGAUAUAUUUCCUACAAGUGUAGGUGUUCCUUUUCCAAAGAACUUCCUUCAGAUCUGCAAGAAGAUACUCUGCCGGCUUUUUCGGGUGUUUGUUCACGUCUACAUUCAUCACUUUGACCGUAUCAUCCUUAUGGGGGCUGAGGCCCACGUCAAUACCUGUUACAAGCAUUUUUAUUACUUUGUGACAGAGCUCAACCUGAUAGACCGCAAAGAACUAGAGCCUUUGAAAGAGAUGACAACCAGGAUGUGUCACUAAAAAACACCCACUGAAGAAAAGCAAAGUCCAAUUUUCGUCUUGCUGCAGAGUUCAAGAACAUGACAGCCCUCGCAGAAUGAACCUGCUUGUUAAUCCAGGAAAGCUGAGAAGUUGGGAACCACAGUUACUUUCACAAAAGCUUCCCACUGCUGUCUGUGUGCUUAACCCUGAAUAUGCUGCUAGAACCUCAUCUGAGCAACAUGGGUUAGUGAGAAAAAGAAGAAUCAACUUCAUAUUAGUUUUAGCUCCUAUGUUAGGGAUAAGAAACCUCUUCAGCCACGAAUGAUGACAGACCAUCUUCCUGCUGCUAAAGCUUUACUGAAAUUUGGGCCCCUGGGCUGACCUCCAGAUUCAUUGUUUUAAAACAAGACUAUUAUUAGCUGCAAUGUUGUUUUCUUUUUCUUUUGUUCCUUGGUAUGUGCUUUGUUUCGUAAGCAUGGCAGAAUAUCACGGCAGCCUGGAAUUGCAGAAGACUCACAGCCUUUCAUGUCUCCCUCCCUUCACCACCACCCAAGGCUUGGCCACCAUUCCCAAAUUCCAGUGAGCCGUGACUUUCCAGUCCCAUCCGUUUGCUGAUCAGAUGGUUUGUGCUUGAGUGUGACUCAUAGUGGGGUGACAGAGGGGCAGCCUCUGAUCCCAGCUACAUGAGUAGGAAUCCAGAUACAGCACUGCAGUGUUGAUGUCUUGCCUUUGAAUUCUUACUGUGACGGACAGGAAAUCUGAUCGGUGUUGCUGCAUUACAUAAAAAAGCAAUUCAGUAGUCAGCGUUGUCAUAAAAUACCCUAUGAAGUGCACUGAUCUGUCCUGUAAUUGAUGUCCUCCUAUCCCCUUAGAGAAAAGAACCCACCCAUUCACCUUAAAGUGUUAUCUUUUCAGGGAGAAAUAAAUUUAAUUUUGUUAACCAGGAGAUAAAGAUACAGUAAAGAUGAGUAAUAUAACUGUCAGGGCAGGAGGGACUGAGUGAAAAUCUCUGUUGCGUCUAAACAGUGUCCAGCCGUGUGGCUCCUUUCCCCACUGGAGUAGUUCACAUUUUUUUUCUGCACUUCCCAGUCCAACUUAAUAACACAUUGGUGGACAGCCUGGAAGGCUACAUUGCAGUAAAUCCAGUCUUCUAUGUAAAUAUGCCCAAUAAAAGGCUUUUCUUUUCUUUUUUUUUUUUUUUAUAAGCAAUACUUAACAGAUCGCAAGAGAGAUUUAGCUGAAUAAAUGGGGAUCAAGUGGAACACGCCUAUGUAUUCUGUGCCUUCUAAUGCAUUUUGCACAUUUUUGUUAUAGUGAGAGAUUACUCUUCCUUGGUGAGUGCUGAACCCUGUUGCUGCCUUCCCCUCAAGUGUGUUGGUUUUGUUUAUUUCUUCUGAGGCAUUUUCAGAAGCAGAUCUCGUAAAACAUCCAGUGUCUGGGACAUUUGAAAUAGGGGUGUAGCAGAAAUUGAGUAUAACAGCAACCCUUUCCUAGCUCAUGUUGUGGUGUAUUCUGAUUUGCUUGCUUGCUUAAAACAGAGCUUGUAAGUGUUGGUGAUCACAUCCUUGCUGGGACAAAGGGCCUUUGUGAACAUCCCAUGUAGCUAGGUGGAGGCACUUCUGCAUCUUUAGGACGACACAAGGAGCAUUGUCCUUUGCUUUCAAGGGACUGGGCUGGAGUGUCCUACCUCCUUCAGUGGUCUUUGCAAUCAGGUUAAUUCUCUGGGGACUGCAAUACACAUAUAAUUUCUGGGGUGCUGGCACUCUUGCAGGAUAAAACUAGCUUGUGCAAUUCACUGCCGUAGCUACUACUGAGCUUAGCUGCUUCAUAUUAAAGACGGAGGAUAAACGUGUCUAUAGAAGAAGACUUCACAGGACGUGUGGAUGAGGACUGCCUGGAGUUACAACAUCAGUUACAUGUGGCAGGGUUUCUCCUACCCUGCUGCGAAGAGCACGGUCACUGCCCUGCUGCGCUUGAACUUCACUGCAGUCAGUCCCAUCUAGUGAUCCUAUGGCUGGGCAGCACUGCCAUGCUCUGUGCUAAAGAUUAAUGAAAAGAUCAGAGGCACUACAUAAAUUGAAAAAGAUAGUAUUUUAUGCAUAAAAUAAUCUACUCUUCAUUCUGUUGUGCUAUCUACCAUGUGCUGUCUUCAGUCUAAUUGCUGUAGUGCAGUCUGAAAACACAGCAGAAUUUGUUCCUAGUUGCUUUUAGUUACUUUUAAAUAAUCUUCUUGUAAAUGCAUUAAUCUCAGUGUGUUUGCAAAACUGCUGGAGUAUUUUCCUUCUUCUAACACAGUCUUUCAGUUUCCUAAACUCUUGUGUUCCCUUCUGUGGUGAAGCAUGUGUUGCGAGACAAAGGAGGGAAACGCAGAGUGGAAGGACUCCUGAGGGACUUGUGUUGGACCUGGACAAAAUUCCUGUGAGUCUCACUGAAAAGCCCUUCCAGCCCAGGAGCUUAACCAGCCACAGAACGUGCUCGGUUUGGUUACUCGCUCUGGUGCUUUGCUCCAGCUUGUAUUUUCCCCGUGAGCCUGUAGCUAUUGCAGUCAGCACCCGUGGUGUGGUGACGGGCACUACUGGCCCAAGUCCUGGCGCAGGAGGCAGGGGAGCGGCUUCCUGGCACCCUCCUCAUUUCCCAUCUGUGCCAGGCUAAGUGUGGGCUCAUGUCUGGGCAUCUCAGACCUGCCUGCUGCUGGAGAGACCGUGGAGAACCCAGGAGGCAGGCUGGAGUUUGCCAGGUGAUGAAAUAAACUUCCUGCACGUGGCGGGCUUGGGCCUUUGCCCAGCUGUCUCCCAACAAGCCCUGCCUUUGCUGCAGAGGUGUUGGGCCAAGGUCUCACCAUCUCGUGCCAUCUCUCCCUUUCCUGUGCCUAGUAUUUGAUGUCCUGGCAGGAAUGAUGUCCGGAAGGUGGCAUCGCUGCGUGGCAGUGCCGUGUUCCCUUGUUUCCUCCUCCCCUGGAGGAGAGGGGCCGCACCCUGUUGGAUCCAGAUCUGACAGAUUCCAGCUUCGGCAGCAAUUUGCUCAGGGCCACAUCCAGAGUCUUGUUUCGGUUGUUAAUCACAGGUCCCGAUUUAUGCAAUUCCUCAGGAUAUGUUAUGAGAGCCGUAGCUUAAAUGUGAUUGUAUGCAAAGGCACUCAUUUUGCCUACUGAGAAAAUCUUUCUGCUUGAUCUUACCAAUUAUAUGUGUUCCUAACCAUUCCCCAGCCUGUGUUUUAACAGCAUUUCAUGUGGUUCUGGGAUUAUGUUUUUUGUUUUGUUUGGUUUUGUUUUAUUUUGUUUCUUUUACUCACCUUUCCAGUCUGUCAAUUAGGUCUUUUUUUUUUUCCUGCCUAAAAAAAAAAAAAAUCUCUUGAGUCUGGCAGUUACCUUAAGAGAUGCUGUUAGUGCUGAGCUUCAAGGCAAUGUAAUUGGGAUCACUUUAAUUGAUUGAGGCCACAGCCAACUUUACUUCAGAGUGUGAAAGGCUCCUGUGAUACCAAAAUUGCCUUCAGUGAUUAUAGACUUAAUAGCCUUCAUUGAUUUGUCUCUGUAAUAAGGGAUUUUGUAAUGAACUGCUGCUUUGUGUGAACAUAGGUUAGUGCUACACUGCAGUGACAACGUAACUUGAAAAAGAUCUUAACCUCUCCUGGGCUGUAGGAAGGAUAGAGUCCCAGGGACUACUGGGGGGCUUUUUUGCUGAUAGCAGUGAAAUUGAUGAUUUCCAUUGGAUUUGAGAGAAGGUGGGUACCUCUGGAAACGAGUUUUGCCAAGAACUCAAGCUCUAAGCAGCAAAGCUUGCACCAUACAAGGUGUUCAACUCUCCUGACUCGUUAAUGACAGGGCAGGGAGACAGGAGACAAGCAGUUAAUGUAACUCGGUGGGACCUACAGACAACUACUGAAGAAAAGCAGAGACCUAAGGGGUGAAUGCUGAACAUCCUUGCAGCAAUCAUGCACAGGAAAAUUCCCAGGGCUGCGUGGGAAGGACACGGGGGGAAUGGUGCCCUUGGUAUCUGGGAAGCAAGUAGCCAAGUCGCUGUUAGCAAUAUCCUCUCAGGUCUUUGCUCUUGCCAAUGGGGAUUCCAGGGUGUUUCCAGCUAAAGGUGGCCUUCUCUCAGCCAGAGAGAUCUAGAUGAAGGUCCAAGGUCUCCAGUUGCUUUCUCUCAUAAAUAUGGAACAGGGUCUUCAGCACCUUUGCACUUGGGUUGAAUAAAUUACACGUUCUGGAGCCACCCACAAAAGGCCAUUCCUUCUGCUUCUUGUCAUUCCUACAUGUUCUUGGGGUUUCUGAAAAUACCUUGGGUGUGAGGUCUUAGAGCUGACCUUCUGCCUCUUAAUUUUCUCUGUACCUCUCCAAGGAUGAUGUUGUGUUGAAGAUGAGCUUUCUCGCCUCCCUCUGCCUCCAGAAGGGAUAGCUCUCACCUAUGCCCUCUGAAGAGAUACCACCAUGGGUUGGUUUUCCAUUUACUCUUCAGAAGAGCAGAAGCAGAGGGCAGGAAUUGCCUUCAAGCGCUGCAAAACAGGAUGCACUAUGUAUAAAACAGGAAUAUGUUUGCUACUAUAUGACAUGCUUCAAGUGCUUUAGAAAGGGGAUAACACUGGGGGAUCAGAUGUAGACAAGUGGACAGUGAUCAGACAUUUUUUUCCUAUAUCUUGGGAGAAAUUAAAGGCAUUUUUUAAUAAUUACACAAGUAGUUCCAAGGGCAAAGUAAGGCAAAUCAGUAGUAAGAACCUGGUAGCGGUACACAUUUAAAUCCAAAAUGAUUAAACUUGAUUUUUCAUAUAUUUCAUGCUAACGAGAAAAGCAGUGUUUUUCAGGGUUUUAAUCAAAUAAGCUUGAGCUCUUAAAAGUAGUUACUUCUUUUCUGUUUUAAUUAGUUUUCCUGUUUUAAAGACAGAUACAACAUAGUAAAGAGAUGCAAAAAUAUUCUCCCAGGGGAAAAGUAAACAACACACACAAAAAACAACAACAACAAAAAUAAAAAUAAUUACUUUUCCAGUCUAAUGUGUGUGUGCGUGUGCAUGUAUGUUUUGGUGAGGAUGUUGAUGUGGAAGUAUCGGUGUGUAAAUAGGUACGCGUAUACUCCCCACGCAUUCCCACAGAAUAUGUAUUUUUCUUUUGCUAUUUUUAAGGGGAUAUUUCUAACAAAUAAGUGCUUAAUUCCUUUUCCUUUUCAUCAGUGCUGUUUGGUGUUUGAAUAUUUUUUAAUGUCAGAUGUGUCUUAGUCUCUUUUUGUUCUGCUUGUUGUUAAAUGGGGAUUCAGCUGUGUGAGAAGAGAGACCAACACUAACUGCUAUAGUCAUUAAAAGAAAAGGACACCGUGAAAGACUGCUUUUCAAAUCAAUCCUGGUGGAUGAUGCUAUAAAAUCCAAAUAUCACGAAUAAAAGAAACAUAAUCUCGCA